GUGUGAACUGUGGAACUCUUACGGUCAUUAGUAAUAGUGUAGCUGACAUGCUUCCUCUGGCUGAUCUUCAACACACAGAGCCAAACACCACACUCAACUAGAAUCCCCUGCUACUGGCCCUCCAAGCCUGACGACUCCACACGACUCAGCAGCUAGAGCCACCUCUCAGGUUUUGCCGUCUACUGCGUGUCCUGGUCGAGAUAGCACUCUGGCUGUUAAUAGGGAAGAUACAACAUGCACACAUGCACAUGCAUGACAGGGACGCAGGUGCUGGAUGGGGCCUUCACUGACCAGCCAGAUUACUCUCUGUCUACUAUCGGAAGUUUGUGUUGAUGACUAGUUUGAGGACCAGCUAUACCGUAUGUUCGUCUGUCCUCAGACCCAUUAGAGUGCAGCUAUGGGGAAUGUGAUGUGGGGACAGGGAGCUGGGAACAAAACAAAUUCAAAAUGCCAUGACAGUGCAUUAAAGGCAGGAGAAGACGAGACGCUUGUCGUUCUCCAUGACUAUCCUUCUCCAGACAUCAGUGAGCCGAUCUUUAGGAUGGGAGAGAAGCUGAGGGUCUUGUCUCAGGAAGGCAACUGGUGGAGAGUUCGGUCUGUCCAAUCAGGAAGUGAAAACUACAUCCCUAACAACUAUAUUGCCAAAGUCUACCAUGGAUGGCUGUUUGAGGGAGUAGUGAGGCAGAAGGCAGAGGAACUACUUAGUCUCCCUGAAAACAGAGUGGGUUCCUUCAUGAUUAGAGAGAGCACCCAGCAGAGAGGUGUCUACUCCAUGUCUGUAAAGCACAGAUCCAUCCAGCACUAUAAAAUCUUUCGCCUGGAGAACAGCUGGUACUAUAUCUCUCCUCGUCUGACUUUCCAGUGCUUGGAAGAGUUGGUAAACCACUACUCUGACUCUGCAGAUGGUCUGUGUUGUGUUCUCACUGGCCCGUGUCUGUCUGGGACUAUCAGCCCCAUAGACAUCACCUCUCAGCCACCCCCUGUAAGGAUGCGACACAACAACUUUGACUGGAAGAAAAUAGACAGGAAAGAUCUAAUCAGUGCAGGGGCUGCGCAGGGCCAGGAGAACAGGAAUGCCAUGGUGAGCUACGGUGUCAGAAACAGCAUGGCCUCUUACCUCUCUCUGGUCGGGGAUCAUGACCCAGGACAGCAGAAGAAGAACCGCAAGAAGAAGAGCAAAUCUGUCUGUGUGACAGACCACAGCAUCAGCCAUAUGGACUUGGAUGAGGACUAUGAUAUGUAAUGGCCUGGAUGGUACACAUAUAUAGCCUAGGCUAGAGGUUCCCUGUCAGUCAGUCAACUUCGGUAUUAGAGGGGAGUUGCACUCUUGCUUUUUCGGCUGAAGGAUGUACAAUCACGCCUGACAAGGCCAAUGAAAUCCACACCUCACUGGAAGUCCCACCUUCCACAGGUGAUAAACGUGAGGCUCAGAUUCAUUCCUUCAAUUUAAUACCACUCUUCACCGAGCCCAGGAACAGGCGGUGCUGGGUCAAACAGGUGUUGUACCUCAUUUCCCUCCUUCAGGGAACAGUAGUUAUGGUCAUAAUGUUACAUUUUCCUUCAGUCAGUCAACAUACUAUGGGGAAAUAUUAUCACAUCCACGAGAUGCUGUAUGAGUAUAAGUGGCAAGUGUUUGAGCUCAGGUGCCAAGAUAAAGGGCUGGUUCAUUUUCAGUGCUCUGGGAAAUACUUGUUUCUACAGGAGCUUUAAAAGCAUUCUCCACUUUAAAAAUAUAUAUGGCCGCUAUCUCAGCACGUGGGAAUUGACUGAGCCUCACCAGGGGCUCACCCACUGGUGUUGCAGUUACUGAAAGGUGUACACCCUUCCUGUACUCAGUAUCGGGCGACUCUAAGAUGACCUUGUGUCCAAAUGUGGCCUUUGCCCUAAAAGUAAUGGCCAUGCCCUACAAGUCCUUAGCUUUUGAGGUGUUUUGCUUUUUUGCCUCCUCCAUUUGCUUCUGAAGAGCAACAGAGGUUAUAUGCCCUGUGUCUGGUGCAAGCUCUACGCACAUACAUUGAACAACCUGGGUUUUCCGGUUGUGUGACCAGAUUUUUGUCUGUUUUGCUAAUCCAGCUCAGUUUCAGGGCACUUUGAGCAGUGUCUCUCCCACUGGAUCUCCUGCCAUAAAACAGCAAGGGACAAGGGUUACCUAGUGGAGUAUGCACCCACUCCACCAGGGGGCUGGCAGCAUUUUGGCCGUUGUGUAAAGGGUUGACGAUAGGAGAUAUUUGUGCUGCGGCGAGUUGGGCAUCACCACACACUUUUGUAAGGUUUUAUCACUUGGAUGUCACUUCUCCCAGUGUAGCUCACAGGGUGCUUACAGCUGGGACAGGGGAAAGUCACUAAGCGGGUCUUCCAGCGAGGUGCGGAUUUCAUUGGCUUUGUCAGGUGCAAUUGUGUUCAUGACGAUAGAUAGAAUAUGAAAAUGUAUGUCAUUUUUGUUUUGUUGUUAAAGGUUAAUAGAUUACGUUAUUAACGAAAACAUUGUAACGUGAAGAGUUUGCCUAGUGUAUGUUUGAUGUUUAUACAUUGUAUGUUGUAUGGAAAAUAUCCAAAUCAAAGAGAAUGUUUUGGGGAAGAUGAAAUGUGAAGUUAGUUGUCUAAAAUUGGGUUUGAGUAAAAUCUAGACCCUGCCCUCAUUAACUUGGUACGCCCAGAGAACUGCCCUAAAGUCGGUUACGCCCACUUCUGACCCAAGGGUAUAAAACCUGUGAGUUUAGAAUUUACGGGAGACUACGUGACCCAAGCUGCAGCCAAGGUCUAAAACGUCAACAAACCCAGAACGCAAGACAAGUUUGAAGACAAAGAAAUUAUUUUCUACCCAAGCUACGGAUGAGUAGCUGUGUCUAAGCGGGUGAAUUCAAGCCGGACCCCCUUAGCAUCCAGUCCCAGCUAAUCAUGGUACCUAAAGGGGUUCAUUCCUAUGCUGUGAGCUGCAGAGCUGUCUGUCCUCAGAAGACCCCUUCCAGGGUGAGGGAACAGACUCCUAAGCCAAAAGGACACUGACAUCGGGAGGACGAUCAGAGAGGUGCACAGGAGAAGUGCGUCAUUGAGCAGCUGAACGGUCCCCUGAAUGAUCCACGCAGAGAAUCCUCUGAGAUCUACCCCACGUAAUUACAUCAUUAUAUUCUGACCCAUAAUAGCGGCAGUUUGGGGCAAGGCUAGGGUUAAAAUAAGCAUAGUUGACAAAUUCACCCAAAUGUAUAUUUCUCUCGUGUACUUUCUCUUUUUCUCUCUCUUUGAAAUCUCCAUUUUGGGUAACACGCGCCAUAGUGUGUUGGCCCGUUAUACUAAGUUCUAAUCAAUAGCCUAUAAUGUGUUUUGUCUAUGUGUAUCUUAUAUCAUCAUUUUAGCUUUUUAGUAAAUAAAUAUUAAACUAAGAUUGGUGUGGUACGAACUCAUUGGUGAGACCCGGGUCCGUGCAGAUUCACGGGCUAUACGACGUUCAGAAUAAGAUUGUAAGAGGUAACUGGUUAAUUAGCAGCUGUUGUAAAAUCGAUAUUCUGAUAUUCUUUGAGUUAAUUUGGGAAAUAGAAACUCAAUAAAAACUUGUUUUCCCAUGGUGCCCCAGGUUAA